AAAUGUUUGGGAAUGGCCCAAUCUGAUCCCAUUCAUGGGAUAAUAUUUUCCAGAUAUGUCAGGCAGCGCAUGGGAAGAAACAAGCUAAAAUCUUUUGGGCCAGUUAUUUGUAGAAUGGCAAUGCUAAUCCAUAUUCGCAGCGGAAGCUUCUUCUUUAAGGCCUUGGGAAUCACACUUCUGUUCAUGGCUGGUUUCCCUGAUGACCUGGUUCAAAGGGAAACCAAGUACAGGAACUUAGACUUGCUGCAGAAGUAUUACAGGACAGAUGCAGAUGCUGAAGGAGAGGAAUUAUUUCUGCCACAUUCAAUGACUUCUGAUACACUGGCCAAGCCAGAUUCUCAGAAGUUAACUGGGAAGACAGUUUCAGCAAAAUUGAAAGGCAAGAAACAAACGAACUCUACAAGUAAGACUCAUAAUUUUCCAAGAUCCUCAAUUCAUCAGUCUACUCCAUCAAGCUCUGCAACUGCCACCCAGUUAGGCCUUAUGGGCUAUACCUCAGUUCAAACUCAGGCAGCAAUAGCAUCAUUCCAGUCCAUACCAUCUCAAAUUCCAGCCGAUAAACAAGCAAUUAACAGUUCUGGUGCCAAUGUUCCUUACAGUAAUCAAACCCCUUAUCAUUUUUUCCCACCACAGCCAGCAAAUACAUUCAUGCCUAUGGUGUAUUGGUCUACACCAAAUGCAUUUCCUCCUAGCCCUUAUGCCUCUACAUAUGGUUACCAAGCUUUUCCUUCCACCGCAAACUACAUCUCUGUACACCCUCAGCCUUUUUACACCCAUCCUUCUUGCGGUUCCUUAAUUCCCAAAAUUGCAGAAAAGAAUAGGAAGAAUGAUGUAACUAUGGUGGAAGCUGAGAGCGAUUCGGAUAGUAGUUCUAGCAAUACAGAUCCAAAAGAGGCAUCAGCAAGCUGCAAAUGAUGGAAUAGCAGAUAUACAAAUAAACUUAUGUGUUUCAUGUAAAUUAAAGCCAGUUGAAAAUAAUCCUAGCCGAGAAAUGUGCACUGAAAUGCAUGCUUUAGGAAUUAGGCCUCUCCUGCAUUUCCGGUGUGCAUCUUCCAAGUUCAUGUUCCAACUAUUUGUCAAUUUACACAGUGAAUAUAUGAUUCUGAGGCUUCGGCCAUUAAAUUUGCUGAGCUUUACACAUAAAAUGAAUCUUAAUCUUGUUAAAAUUAGAUGACCAUGCUUUCUUUUAAUCAUUUACUUGAUAAUAAUAAAAAUUAAGAAUCCAACUAUCCAAG